AAUAUUUUCUCACCAUACAACUUCUUGCGAGGGUUUGUGAUUAAAAAAUGUCUCCAAAUGCUAUCUCAUCGUGUUUAGCCAUAGAGUUGCUGUAAAGUUUCAUUUUUUCGUGUGCAUGGCUCUUUAAAAAUAAUUUGCAGAAGUUUCGAGAAGUUGUGCUACAAUUCGACCAUGUGUGUCAUCCCAGAAAUAGAUGGCAACAACUCAUGAUCCACCGAGCGUGAGUAUGUUCACGGGAACUAUGUCAACCAGCUCAACUGGUAAAAGCAGAACUUAGUCCGUUUUCGUGCAUGCGAUUGUGAGGCUGCCAUUUUCGUACUGCUUUAGUGAAUGACCAACCCCCAAAAAGCGCGUGAAACGAAAAAAGACCUUAUCCAAACGAGAUGUGACCCACUCAACCACGGAAAAAUUGUUUCAAGUACAGUACUUCACAAAAGAAAGUGCCCGACUAUAGGAAGUAAACCCCUGCUUCAGCUGACCAGAAAAUGCAAUACGACUUCAAUAUGGAAACAAAUCCCAUAUGAUCAAACACAUCAUGGAGUACAGGCAUUUCUUAUUUUUCCAACACAUUUUAUGGAGGAAAAAGGGCGGUUUAACACAACCAAUGGUACUGUAAAAUAUUGAGCCUACCAACCCAUAUCACCUAGAGCGUAUAUGCUGUAAUGUGUAAUCUGAUGGCUUACAAUUAUGUUAUGCAUUAAAAAUGAAAUUAAUGAAAUUAAUUUAGCCAACAUUAUUCAUCAUAGAGCAAAGUGGGUCAGAAUGAAAGUCGAGCCCGAGAGGGACCAUUUUUUUUAACCUUUUCUUGAAUUCAACUAUGCGUAAAAUUGUUCUCACUCACAAAUUAUAAUCUGCUAACAAUGCAGUCGGUCACUCUUGCUAAGGUCAGCCUCACGCUUAAUGGUAGUCGGUCACGUAUUAAAACAGCACCAUACUUUUAAAUAACGCUUAGAGGUGAAUUUGAAGUUUCCUCGAGUAACCGUGGACAACUUUUUCAUCCCCAAAAAUUAAGCCGACCUGAAUCUGAUGAAUUCCGCGUCUUUCAGCCCACGGAGAUGAAAGUGGAUACCUGAAAUCUAGAUUCCCACACAAUGGAGAAGGCGGUGAAUGCAAUCGCCGCCGUGGCAAAGGGCACCUCGGUUGAAAUUUCCGCCCUGCUUUACGCCACAGUCGUCGCUGGAAGUCGACUCAUUUAUCAACAACUUCUUUUGGAGAAAUGCUGCGUUUACCAGCUGAAUUAUUCGAAAGACGUGUGUGACAACUUGGACGCCCACACAGAUGCAGAAGACGACUCGCAACGCCUGGCGGCUCGUUACAACAUGUAUGACACUUUAAUGGAGUACAUAAUUCCGGUAUUCGUCGCAAUUUUUGUGGGACACUGGACCGACAAACACGGCAGGAAGCCGUUGAUAGUGUUUUGCUUUUUUGCUGCCAUGGCCCAGCAAAUCGGGAUGCUGGUGAACGUGGCGUACAUGUCGUGGGAUCCGAUUUACAUAUCCGUCUUCUCGUCGUUACCCAUGUCAUUUGGAGCUUUCACCACCUUUCUGUUGCUCAUCUUCAGUUACCUGGCAGAUGUUACGACUCCAGAACAAAGAACUGUCAGGCUGUCCAUCCUGAAUUUGUUUUUGUACAGCGGACAACCGCUUGGAAAUCUCGUGGGAGCGCAGAUCUACGAAUCGUACGGCUACGAAGCGGCGUUCUACUUUUUCAUUGCUAUCAGUUUAGUUGGCGGAAUUUACAGCGCCUGGAAAUUGAAAUCACGCAACCAGUUAUCCUCGAAUACAGAGGAUGCGAAAAUUUCGCGAAGGGAAAAACUUUCCCAGUUUCUCAACAUCCGUGAAAGCGUGACAGAAACGUUUAAAGCGUUUUUCCGACGUCGAGAACAUAACCAUAGACUCGUUUUGAUCGCGAUUGGAAUCACCCUUCUGAUUGGACUCUUCCCCAUCUAUGGCGAGUUCAGUGUCGACUUCCUGUACUUGAAAAAACGAAUGAGUUGGAGCGUGAAGCAGAUCAGCUAUUAUUCGACCUUCAAAACCAGUCUUCAGAUUAUAGGUGCUGUAAUUUUUACCCCCAUUUUCAAAAUUGUGCUCCGCUGGGAAGACACGAAGAUUGGAGGCGUAUCCGUGUGUUUGCAGACAUUGUCACGUCUGACUUACAGCUUCGCCACAACCACGUGGAUGUUCUAUGCAAGUGGAGUACUAUACAUGUUGUCCACUGUGAAGGCUGCCGUCGCCAGAUCUAUCAUAUCCAAAGUUGUUGAGCCGCAAGAACUUGGGAAAUGUUACGCAGUUAUCGGGUUCUCCGAAGCAGUGGUUCCGAUAGUGGCAGGGAUUCUGUAUUCCGAAGUUUACCGCGCCACGGUUUCAUUCUUUCCGGGAGCCGUGUUCUUGAUUUCCACUGGCUGCUGGCUGGCCGCCUCUUUUCUCUACUUACUGGUUCAUUUCAAGUUCUUUGAAGAGGAUUUGGUCCACGGCAAGCGUGACGGCAAGGACUCCGAAUCAGUUUUCCUUUCCAAGCUUCGGGCGAAGUCCCAACUGCGAUGCAACCCGGGCUGGAUGCUGGCUGUUCAGGUCAUCGCCACUUGUCGUAACCCAGCUGCUGCUACGGAACUCAAUGAAGUGUUGAAAAAUAAUGGCCUGCAUGAAGCUAUUAAACUGGAUGUGCAUGAUCAUGAAAGCAUUAAGGAAGCGUUUGCAGUGGUCAAGGAUGUUGCACCCAAAUUAGACAUUCUCAUCAAUAAUGCGGGGGUUGCUAGCAAAAAUCAUCCCAUUGAUCCCGUGACUUCGGCUGAUCCGGAUGAAAUGCUGCGACUGUACGAGGUGAACGUGAUUGGCCCGAUGAUGGUGAUCCAAACUUUCCUCCCGAUCCUGGAUACAAAAACACGCGGACGUUUUCCGAUGGUGGCCAAUUUAUCAUCGCUGUUGGGGUCUCUCAGCGCCAACUCGGCUGGAGGGAUUACGUCGUACAGGUGCUCCAAGGCCUCGCUGAACAUGCUAACGAAAAACUUAUCUGUUGAGGCCCCGUGGAUCACGUUUGUCGCCGUUCAUCCCGGCUGGGUUCAAACCGAUAUGGGUUCUGCAAACAACCGGAAGCCUCCCGUGACGACAUCUGAAAGUGCUAGCGGAAUAAUGAAACUUCUGACGGAAUUCAAGCAUGAGAAUUCCGGGCGACUGUUCGAUUGGAACGGGCUUGAGAUUUCGCCUUAGAUAAAUUCCCGGGCCUCCUUUGCUCGUUUCAUCAAAAGCCCUUGUUGGCAACGGGAAACUUCUCUUGAGAGCACCAUACGUGAUCGAGCUCGUAUUAAUGCGUCGAAUUCUCCCAAAUUCUCUCUUUUGAGAGCCUUUGUUGGUAUCCCUUGGAGCUAUGUUGCCGUUGUGCGUGACAAAAUUACAGAUCCCUCUGCUUUUGAGAUGAACUCGUUGAUGUGAGAAGUGUUUGUGUCCGCUUUUAAAAUAAGACCCGUUGCAAGAUAUAUUUUUGAAUGAGUGUUCUCGAUGAAUUUCCAACUGACUCACAGCCGAUGGAUUACGCAUUGUAAUAAUGUUCCGUGAGUACUAUCUGUGGAAUGCAGAUUGAGUGAUGCAUUUUUUUUAAUCACUGGCUUAUUUGCGCGUGAUGCUUUCCAGGAUUCAGUACUAAAAUCGAGCUUUAGAAAUACAGUAUGUGCUCUUAUACGA